CCAUUCUACUUUUUAAUAAAGAAGUAACAAGCGGAAGUGACGAUCGUGCUUGGGCGCAGGUUGUCUGUGAAUGAGGAAAGGUACGCCACGGAUGGAGAUUCAGAGUGGAAUUCGUCCACAUGCUGUUUUCUCGCUGAUAUUUAGAGGCUUUUGUUCAUGAAAGCUGCUGAUACUACUGUAAAGAUUACAGGCAGCUGCUGGUUUAGGCGGUGCAUUUGCAAAAGUAGAGGGCCCAUUGAAACCCGACUGAAAUUAAAGCAGAGAUGGAUAUCUGCGGAUCCUCCGCGUCUCUCCUGGAAGAAGAACUCGCCUCUGCUAUCGAGCCUGCAGUGAAAGCGGCUGUGCUGAGCGUCAUGUCUGCGUUAGCAAAGUUCGUGGACAGUAAAUGUGCAGUUUUCCACCUCAGACUGGACGAGAGAGACAAAGAUUUCGAAAGCGUGAUGUUGCGAUUGGAAAUAGCGGAGAGCGAGUUGAAAGCCGUAAGAGAACGAAAAUGCACGAACACUGCCGAGAACGCAACACAGUCUUUCACGAACACCAGUGAACAGCACAUUAAUAUCAUCCAACUACCGAGAAGGCAGAAGGAAGGGCACCGUGUGAAAAGCGUUUCAUUUUUCACUGAUGAUGAAUCUGUAAAUCACACAGUCAGCGACGGUAUUAUUGCUCCCGGCUGGUCAGCCCCUGCACGGGGUCGCUCCACUGCACCAGUUCAGCCAGUCAGGGACCCGGUGCCUGCAGUCCAGCCCGCACUGAAAAGCUCCCGGGUUUUAAUCCAGGAGGAUGGAAGCUAUUCCGAGCAGGACCUGCUGAUGCGAGGUGAUGAACACAGGGGCCACACAAGCACAGCGGGGUGGACGAGAGCAGUGAAAGAUCCUGCAGAGAGAAAUGCUCUCCCUCAUGCUGAGGAAGGGUCGAAGGCAGAAUCAGUUCCCAUUCAAGAGGAGCUCUUUGACCAGGAAUGGUGCAGGAGUCCAAAGCAGGCUCCAGAGCUGACAUCUAUUGAAGGGGAGGAAGAGAAACCUGGACUGGAUCCUGUCCAUGUUAAUGAAGAGAUCCCUGGAAUUGAACCGGUCAUCAUUAAAGAGGAGGUUCUUGAACUUGAAUCUGACCCCAUUGAAGAGGGGGGUUCUGACCACUUUCAAAGACGGCAGCAGAUUCACGCUGGACAGAAACUGCAUUGCUGCACAGAAUGUGGGAAAAAAUUCAGUACGUCAUCAGAUCUGAAAAGACACAGACGAAUUCACACAGGAGAAAGACCGUACUGCUGCACUGAUUGUGGGAAGAGUUUCAAAACCUCUGCAGAUCUGAAAAGACACCGUCGCAUCCACACAGGAGAGAAGCCGUAUUCCUGUAAGUGUGGGAAGAGUUUCAAACAGUUACAGCAUCUUAAAACACACCAGGAAAUCCACACCAGACAGAAACCGUAUUGCUGCAAUGUAUGUGGGAAGUGUUUUAGCCAGUCAGGAACACUGACAUUACAUCAGCGAAUUCACACAGGACAAAAUCUGUAUCACUGCAUUGAGUGUGGGAAGAGAUUCAUCACAUCGGCACAGCUGAAAACACACCGUCGCAUUCACACAGGAGAGAAGCCAUACUCCUGCACGCAGUGUGAGAAAAGCUUCAAACAACUGCCACACCUUAAAGCACACCAGCAAAUUCACACGGGAGACAAACCUUACCAUUGUACUGACUGUGGAAAGACUUUCAUCAUGUCAACAGACCUUAAAAGACACCAGCGAAUUCACAGCGGAGAGAAACCGUACAGCUGUGAUUACUGUGGGAAGAGUUUCACCCGCUCAGGAACACUGACAGUGCAUCAGCGAAUUCAUACUGGAGAGAAACCGUAUCACUGCACCACAUGUGGAAAGAGUUUUACUUUCCAUUCUCAAAUGAGGAAACAUAGCUGUUUGCAACAUGGGUAGAGCAUGCAGUGGGUUUGUAAGGUAUUCUGUGGCAGACUUUAGAGCAUCACUGUCUGUUACUGAAACUGACACAAGCGACUGCGUCUCCUGCUUAAAAGAUGCAUCUUUGGACUGGAUUUUGAUCCAACUGUGCUGGACCUUUGCUAAUAAAUGAUAAUGUAACAUUAUUCACAUGCUGAAAGUCUAGGCUCUGGCACUGCCACCUAAUUGGCUAUAAAAGUUGUAUCUUGGGAAGAGCUUGUCUGAUUUUGGUUAAACCAUGCAUGGGCAUUUUCUGUGAUGCACAGAGCAAAUGCUAGAAUGAACAAAUGGUGCAUGAAAACUUAGUUUUGGAAAAAUGUACAAGUUACUGCAACCCUGAUUGCAGCAGGUUCAAACCCUGCUUUAUUCAACCAGCUCAAAUGCUCUUUAAAUAAUAAUAAUAAUAAUCAGAACAGAAAUAUUUUAAUGUAACGUGACUUUUUUUUUGACAUAUGUACCAUACAGGAUGUUGGCUUUAUUGUAUCUAUUUUUAAUAAACAUAAAAAAGUGAUUAUUUUCAUAUAAAGUACAAUGUGUUUCCUGUGAGAAGUUGAGGAAGACAGGCGCAUUGUCACUACGGUAGUUACUUCAACCAGGCCAGAAUAAAGGAUGGAGGAACAUUUCCAUAGCAACCUCUACACUUCCUGUACAGGACUGAAGUCAGGGUGCUGCCAAUGCUAGCCCAGUUGUGUCCGCGUCAUUCACAUAUUUUGUUCUGUACAGCUAUAAACACUAACAUCAGAAAGCAAUAUUUUAACAUCCGAGGGUGUCUCCGGCCCAUCUGGAUACACAGGUUCAAACCCCAGUGUAAUUUUUAAUACAUUUCUCAUGUACAGAAAUGACCAAAUGUGACAGGCUGACCGGGGUAAGGAGACUCAGAGUCAGGAUGUGCAGGGAAAAUAAAAGACUUUUAAUUUAACAAAAUAAACAAAACAAAAGGCACGAUGGCCAACCAAAAAGACAAACACAAAAACAGGCUUUAAACAAACUAUAUCAAGAAACCACUCGUUCUCUCACACACGUCUUCUCACAGUCACAAACACUCCCCAACUCACAUACCCAACCACUCCCUUUUAUACAGGUGCCUGGGCUAAUUGGGCAAUUCGCACCUCAUUAGCCCAGGCACAUUCCACACAUUCCUCACACAAACUCACUGAACCACAUCCCAAACUCACUCUAAACAAUACAAAAAACACAAAACCACCACAAAAUAGGCUGCACCCCAUCACACCAAGUUAGAAUGAAGAUGUGAUAUCUCCAGUCAGCUCUGGUAAAGAUGUAUCCACCUGCUGAGCACGGUUCUUUCAGAACGAGGCUGUGUUCUGUGGAGCGUCAAAACAAAAAGAAUGGCACCUUUUGGAAACCUGUGCACAGUCAUGACCACGAGACUUUGAGUAAACACAACAGUGAAAGAUGGGGUUUUGUUCU